UUUGUGCCAAAAGAUGAGCUGUCGGAUUUCUUGAAGACCCCGGGAAAGCUAGAGGCGCUUUUGGAGAGUGCCUGUCAUAAACGCUUCACGCGCGCUGAUAUAGCUGCAGUUGAGGAACGCCUCCUAAUACUCUCAAUCCUGGUGUUGAUCGAUCGAGGGUAUCUAAUUGACUACUGUAUCAAGGUUCCCUCUCUUGUUGAUGCCAGACUGCCUCUCGAGAGAGCACCAGACAGCUUUUCGGCAGAUCUAUUUCAGCGAUUCGAUGAAGAACAGUGGGCAUUUUGUGCAUAUGAGUUCAAGGAUGGUCCUAGUGACGUACAGAUUCUCAACGACAUCAUCUUUCCGAUUUCUCCACGAGAGGAAAAAGGCUCUGGGAGGACGUCGACUACCUGGCUGGUGGAUAUUCACCCAUGGUAUUGUUUUUGCGCUAAGAAUGGAGAUGAUGACGACGAUGACGACGACGACGACGACGACGAGUAUAUAGUAAAAACAUAUAAUGCAAAGACGUCCUUAUCGGAAAGGUCCUAUCGCAAUGAGCUCAACGCUUUUGAAACUUUGAGAGUGAAUGAGGAUGCUGGGAAACACAUUGUCAAGUUUUAUGGCAGUUUUACUCAAGAUGGGUCCCACAACGUCAUCCUCGAAUAUGCGGACCAAGGUACACUGGCCGACUAUUAUAAAAAUGUUGAAGGCCCAAGGGAGCAAACCGAUACAACCGAUUUCUGGGAACGUAUGUUCAAUCUAGCGAGAGGCCUUCGUCAAAUCCACGACGUCGGGCACCGGCAUGGCGAGCAUGACGAUGGCUUCCAUGGAGUCCACCAGGACAUAAAACCUUCGAAUAUCCUCGUUUUCAGCAAUGGAGAAAAGUCACCCUACCGCUACACCUUCAAACUUGCCGAUCUUGGUCAUAGUCACUUUGGGUUACACGACGAAUCUGGGUCCGAGGUAAAUCAUAAAGUUGCUGUGGGAACUCGUACAUAUGGGCCCCCUAGUCACUAUGUGGAAAGACAGGUUAACUCCAAGUUUAUCAACGCCGAGAAAAAAGGAGACAUCUGGUCACUGGCUUGCGUUUUUAGCGAGGCUGCAGGCUGGGUGACCUAUGGCCUUCCAGCUAUCAAAGAAUAUCGCAAUCUGCGUACACAAUCUAUCGCUAGAAUCUCAGAUUUCCAGGACAGCGACUGUUUUCAUACUGGGAGCAGUGUUCUCCCGGAAAUUGAAGCGUGGCAUACAAAGCUGACAGGAUUGUGCAGAGCAAGCGAUCGAGUUACGCCCAAUAUUUGGCGAAUAUUGCUACAAGAUUGCUUCAAAGCGCACGAACUCCGUUUUUCGGCAGAUCAGUUUCUAGGACGGACAUUCGAUUUGCUGGUGAUGCAGAGAAAAAUAACGGCAUCUGAAAUCUACACCAGUGCCUACAGCCCCAAACAAAGGUCUCAGGCUCCACCACGGCCCAAAAGAGCCCACACUCACGAUCCAUCCGCCGACACUAUCACCACACAUCGCCCUCAUGAUAGUAGUAGCGGAGCGAGCUCCAACGACAUGUCCUUCUUGCAGCCCCUUCGCAAGUCAGGUGAAGCCUUUGACACAUGUGCGACUCCUACGACACCACCAGCAAGCUUAAUAGGUCCGAAUGCUAACGCAGGUCCAUCUCACACCCAAGCCGACGUUGGAACCACCGCGUAUGGUAGCCCUCGAGGAACAGACCUUUCGCCCAGUCCUCCUCAGGUCUCUGAUAAGGCCUAUCCAGGCUUGACAACAAACGUACCAGGUGGGGAAUUGCCUUUCAACAACAGCCCUAGUGCGCGUCAAACACGCGAUUCAGGCUGUGGCAUACCAGGUAUUGCGGAAUCGGAGCCCGAUGUCAUGAGGAAUAUGUCACAGCCCAGCACAGAAGGAAAAUUUGAAGCCGAAAAGUCCCCCCAGCGACAAUGCCCAGUUCAUGACACACCUGGAUCAAAGGUGCCCACAAUUUCGGUUGCCGAAGUUGAGCGGUGGAUGUCUGGUAGAAAAUUACGGCGAUUAAGAAGGGAAUCUGAGAAAUUGCCAAACGAGGAGUAUUUGAACCGCGUGAAAGGGCGAAACCACAUGAUUUUGGUCGAUGACGCUAUCUCCAUGAAGGACCGCUGGCCCGAAGUCAUUAAUUUCUUUUCAUCUUUCGCUUACCUCACCAAGACAGUGGAUGUUGAUGGUUCGAUUGACUUGUGCUUUACAGUUUCGAAUGAGAAAUGCUGCAGCAAAAAAUCAUCCUUGUUACUUUCCAAGGUUACAGAAAGAGGUUCACAUCUGAGUGCGACAUCUAAUCCUGAGAGUGUAUGUGACAGAAUUCUCUACGAAUGGAAGAAGAAGGCGAAUCCGAGUAAGCUUGUAAGCUGGAUUAACAACCCCACGCUUCCUCCUGUCACCCUUUACAUUCUCACUGAUGGAGUCUGGGAAAAUCGCAGCGAUCUUAGCAGCUUCGUCAAGGAUGUUGUCGGUUUUAUGAACCAAAAGGAUCUACCGCGCAAACAUAUCGGCGUUCAAUUCGUUCAGUUUGGGAAUGACAAACGCGGGACAGCUCGCUUAGCGCACCUGGACUCGGGAUUGAACUUGGAUAAAGAUAUUGUUGACACUGAGCCCAGCGACGGCAACAUCUUGAAAGUUUUACUCGGCCCAGUCGAUGAUACCUUCGAUAAC